CGACCACCGGCUCUGCGCGUCGCUAUGGGCGCUCGGGUAGCUCGGGCCCGGUGGGCCUGGGGCUCCUGGGGCCGCCGCGCCGCCUCGAGCCUCCGGGAGCCGCCGGUGGACGCCGUGGACGUGGCGGAGCUGCUGCGGGACUCCAGCGUGGCCGAGGAGGGAGCCCAAGAGGCGGUGGCGCGGCGGCCGCCGUCGCAGUGCUCCGUGUUGCUCUUCCCCGGCCAGGGCUGCCAGGCGGUCGGCAUGGGCGGCGGCCUGCUCCACCUCCCGCGUGUGCGGCAGCUCUACGAGGCCGCGCACCGGGUGCUCGGCUACGAUCUGCUGGAGCUGUGCCUGCGGGGGCCCCAGGAGGACCUGGACCGCACAGUGCAUUGUCAGCCCGCCGUCUUUGUGGCUUCGCUGGCCGCCGUGGAGAAGCUACAUCAUCUGCAGCCGGCGGUCAUCGACAACUGUGUUGCUGCGGCUGGCUUCAGUGUGGGAGAGUUUGCUGCCCUGGUAUUUGCUGGAGCCAUGGAGUUUUCUGAAGGUCUUUAUGCGGUGAAGGUCCGCGCUGAAGCUAUGCAAGAAGCAUCUGAAGCCGUUCCCAGUGGGAUGCUGUCUGUCCUUGGCCAGCGUCAGUCCAACUUCUCCUUUGCCUGCUUGGAAGCCCAGGAACACUGCAAGUCUUUGGGUAUAGAGAACCCAGUGUGCCAGGUCUCCAACUACCUCUUUCCUGACUGCAGGGUCAUCUCCGGACACCUGGAGGCCCUUCAGUUUCUCCGGAGGAAUUCUGCUAAGUAUCACUUCCGGCGCACCAAGAUGCUGCCUGUAAGUGGGGGCUUCCAUACCUGCCUCAUGGAGCCAGCCGUGGAUCCCCUGAUGAAAGUUCUAGGCUCGAUCACCAUCAAGAAGCCGCUGGUUGCCGUCCAUUCCAACGUCAGUGGGCAGAAGUACACGCAUCCACAGUACAUCCGAAAGCUGCUAGGGCAGCAGGUGGUGUCGCCGGUGAAAUGGGAACAGACAAUGCACUCUAUCUACGAGCGGAAGAAAGGCAUGGAGUUCCCCAGCACCUACGAGGUGGGCCCUGGGCAGCAGCUGGGGAGUAUCCUCAAAUGCUGCAACAGGCAGGCGUGGAAGUCCUACAGCCAUGUGGAUGUGAUGCGGAACAUCAUGGACCCUGACCACUGAGGGCCUUGGGUGGAACGGCCCCAGGGUGAGCCUCUGUGCCUGCCUCUUGUCCUCAGACUUGAGGACCAUGGACACUGCAGUCUCAGCUGUGGCUCAGGCUCCCUCAGAGCAGUCUUUGAGUGCCUAUCCUCCACUGUCAGGACAUUGGGCUGCUGGGGAAAGAGCGCCUGUGCAGAUGGCCUGCCUCUGCACCCAACCAUACCCCUCGGUGAACCCAGAAGGGCUAGCCUGGGCAGUCUUAGACUCAUCCCGUGGGUGUUGUGGACGCACUGCUUGGCUUCAAGCCUGGCCUGGUGCCAGAGGAUCUUCUCAGCUGCCUAUGACGUGCUGCCCACCAAGGGCCGAGGCCGUGGCUUCUUUGGCCUUAAAUCUGUGUGGUGGCCUUGUUCUUCACUCACUUGGCAGGUGGGAGGUUGAGUCCCGUGUGCCACACAGACCUAAGAAGCACACAUUAAGUGCCUGUGUCUGCCCUAGAGUGAGUGGUCCUUUGUAUAAGAAACUAGGAGAGCCGUGUAAGGUGUGGAGUGGGAACCCUGCCCUUCCUAGGCCAGCCCCUGUUCUUUCACACAGAGACACCACCAGCAGCAGGUCAUCCAUGGAACAGUGUGUCUCAUACUGUGUUUAUGGCUUUCCUCAGAGCAGUCUGCUCCACAGCAGGAAGGGGGCGACGCUCCUGGGAAAACACAUAAUAAACACGAACCGUUCUACG